AUGACUUCUCACUCUCCACAAGCUUGCUGCUUUAGCGGCUUUAGACAUGAAGGAACCCCAAAGGGCCAUUUUGAAACUAUUGCGAAUGUGCGAGCAUACAUUGCAUCCCCUAAGGACCAGAAGCCUACACACGCUGUAUUGCUAUUGAGUGACGUUUUUGGGAUUUACGUCAACAGCCAACUACUCGCAGAUGAUUUUGCCGCCAGUGGCUAUCUAGUAGUCCUUCCUGAUCUCCUGGACGGCGAUGCUAUGGACAUUGGAGCUUUUGAAGCUGGACAGAUCGACAUCCCCGCCUGGCUCUCCAAGCACGGCAGCGACACUGUUGAUCCCAUCAUUGACAGGAUCAUCAACCACAUAAGAACAUAUCUAAGCAUAUCGAAAAUUGGCGGGGCUGGCUACUGCUUCGGUGGAAAGGGACGUGAACUGUCUGCCUUCUACGUCAUUCGCUUCCUAAAAGCUUCCAAGCUCGACGCCGGCUAUACCGCUCAUCCAUCCUUUGUGACAGACGAAGAACUCGAGAGGAUCGGAAAACCUUUGUCCAUCUCCGCGGCAGAGAUUGACAGCAUCUUCACCACCGAGCUCCGUCACAGAUCAGAAAGAAUUUUGGCUGAGACGAGUCAGCGGUGGCAGAUAAAUCUCUUCAGCGGCGUGACACAUGGCUUCGCCAUACGUGCGGACCUCAAAGUGCCUCAAAAUAAGUUUGCUAAAGAACAGGCUUUUCUGCAGAGUCUAGGCUGGUUUAGCAGCACCCUAGGGCAGCCGGACGUUUAG